UCAGAUGUCCUGUCUAUAAUUUUAUUUGUAAAUAUAAGGAAAGUAACGAUAUUAUUAGUUAUAGUUAUGAAUAAAAAGAUUAGUUUUGGGAAAAUAAGUUCUAAUUUCGGACAAAAUGCCGAAAAAAUCGAGCCCACAGGAACGAUAGGAGUGUUUGGUCCACCAAAAGCCAUAGAAGCUGUUGAAGAUGAUACAGAAGCACAAGAGAUGAAACAGGUCAUGGGUAUAUCAUCAUUUGGUAAGAAAGCAAAAACCUUCGACAUAAAAGAGAUGAUAGCACAAGUAAAAGCCACAGCUAAAGAAGUUACUAAAAAACCGGAAGAAGAUGAUUUCCAAGAAAGUGAAGACGACGAUGAUGAAGACGAUUUCAUUGGACCUCCUAUCCCUAAAGAUUUAAUUCCCGAUGAUGAGAGUAAUACUGUUAAGAAGAAAGUGAAGGAAAGCGAUAGUGACAGUGAGGCCAGUGAAGAAGACACCAUUGAUGAAUUAUUUAUACCUUGUUCUCAUGAAGCCCAGAUGACACACGGUUCCAAAGCGGUUACAGCAAUCAGUGUGGAUCCUAGUGGUGCUCGUCUUGCAUCAGGUUCGGUAGAUUACGAUGUCAGUUUCUGGGAUUUUGCCGGUAUGGACUCAAAUAUGCGAAGUUUUCGGACGUUGCAACCAGCAGAUAAUCAUCCUAUUCGAGGGCUCCACUAUUCCAGCACUGGAGAUUUACUAUUAGUAAUAUCGGGAGCAAGCCAAGCGAAGGUUAUAGAUAGGGACGGUUUUGAAAAAUUGGAAACCGUCAAAGGGGAUAUGUACAUUACCGAUCAGGCGAGAACUAAAGGCCAUACAGCAGGUUUACUAGCAGGAUGUUGGAAUCCUGUGAUAAAAGAAGAAUUCUUAACAACCAGCGCCGACGGGACGGUAAGAACCUGGGAUUUUUACGAAGGAGGUAAAAAUCACAAGCAAAUUAUUAAAUGCAGGGCACAGAACGGUUUGAAGGUAUCGCCCAGUUGCGUUAACUAUAACAGGGAAGGAAAAGUAAUUUCUUGUGGUUGUGCAGACGGAUCGCUGCAGUUGUGGGAUUUUAGAAAGAGUUCGGUGGCCCCUGCCAUGCAAAUCCGAAAGGCUCAUCAACCUGGAGAAGUGACAAGCAUAUGUUUUUCUCACGUGGGUCACAAUUUGCUCACAAGGAGCUGCGACGAAACGAUGAAACUGUGGGAUAUAAGAAAUUUCAAACAAUCUGUAAACGAAGUAACUGAUCUCUUUACUAGAUACGACACCACGGAUGCCAUUUUCAGCCCUAAUGAUGCUGUCGUGGCUACCGGAGUUUCCCUUAAAAAAGGUGAGAAAAUGGGAAUUGUGCUUUUUUACGACACGGCAAACUUCAAACUUAUCCGGAAGAUGCAGGUCGCCCAGUCCCACACGAUCAAGCUAUUUUGGCAUACAAAAUUGAACCAGAUCUUCGUCGGUACGGGAAACGGCCUGAUCAAGUGCUACUAUGACGAGAAACGUAGCCUGAGAGGUGCUACGUUGUGCGCCGUGAAGGUGCACAGGAAAGCCCAACAUUCCGAAGUAGUCAGCAUGCAGCAGGUCAUUACCCCGCACGCCUUACCUCUGUUCAGGCAGGAGAGGCGGAAGACGAGCCGGAAACAGAUGGAGAAGGAUAGGUUGGACCCCGUAAAAUCGCACAGGCCGGAUCUACCAAUUACCUCGGGGCAAGGAGGUAGAGUCGCUUCAAGCGGGGGCACUCUCAGCAGUUACGUCAUUAGGAACUUGGGCUUGAGUAAGAGAGUGGACGACGAUCAGGAUCCGAGGGAGGCCAUCCUCAAAUACGCAAAGGAAGCGGAAGAGAACCCUUAUUGGAUCACUCCGGCUUACAGCAAAACGCAGCCGCAGGCGUGUACGAGCAAAUUAAAUGAAAACGACGAACCGGAAGCGAAAAAAACCAAAACAGAGUGAUACUUUUAAUAAACGUGCAAAUAGUCUGUCUGAAUUCGUUUUAUUGAACCAAAUAAAGUUGAAGAAUAAAUAAUUGGGUUUUAUA